AAGCGCCAAUCAAAGUUAAGCCAUAGAUUUCAUUCUUACAGGUUCUUUUGCUUUCAUCAAUUUCUGCAAAAACAUGAGUUCUGAUAUUUCGGCAGCAACAUCAACCACCAAAAGACUUGAUGGGAAGGUUGCAUUGAUAACCGGUGGAGCUAGCGGCAUUGGAGAGUGUACGGCCAGGCUAUUUGUAAAACAUGGAGCCAAAGUUCUGAUUGCAGAUGUACAAGAUGAUCUUGGGCUAUCGCUCUGCCAAGAAUUCAGCUCUCCAGAAACCAUUUCUUAUGUUCACUGUGAUGUAAGUAGCGACUCUGAUGUAAAAAAUGCUGUGGAUUUAGCGGUCUCCAGGUAUGGAAAGCUCGAUAUAAUGUACAAUAAUGCUGGAAUUGGAGGUAAUCCAGACCCAAGAAUCUUGUCAACUGAAAAUGAAGAUUUCAAGAAAGUCUUUGAUGUAAAUGUGUUUGGUUCUUUCUUGGGUGCCAAGUAUGCAGCUAAGGUUAUGAUCCCAAACAAGAAAGGUUGUAUAUUAUUUACUUCAAGUUUAGCUUCUGUUUCUUCUUCAGGUUCUCCACAUGCAUACACCGCAUCAAAACAUGCAGUGGUUGGGCUUGCAAAGAACUUGAGUGUAGAAUUGGGGCAAUAUGGCAUCAGGGUUAAUAGUAUUUCACCAUUUGGCGUUGCAACUCCGAUGCUAAGAAAUGCUGUUGGAAAUAAGGAGAAGAAAGAAGUUGAGCAAGUGAUUGCAUCAGCGGCUACACUGAAAGAAGCAAUAUUGGAACCUGAAGAUAUCGCAAAUGCAGCUUUGUACCUUGCAAGUGAUGAAUCCAAGUAUGUUAGUGGAAUUAACUUAGUGGUUGAUGGAGGUUUCAGUCUCACCAAUCCUUCAUUUGCAAUAGCAAUGCAAAGCUUGUUUUCUUAAGAUCGAGAAAUUUUGCUCGAGAUAUUAUGUACCGGUUAUGAAUAAAUUUCUACAGUUCUUGUUCUAUGUACCCUUUUCUCAAU